UCUCUCUCUCUGCUUUCGCAAUCACCAAACAGGGAGCAGCCACCCGCUUCACUUCUUCCCCUCCAAUAAUUCCCUUGUUUGGGGUACCGGAAAAGUUCCAUCUUACACUACUUGAAAAGGAUAAAUAUUCCUUUCUUUUCCUCCUCAUACAUCUGUUUCUUCUUCUUCUUCUUCUUCUUCUCUUAGUUGCAGUAUCGACUUCUUUGAUCUUUGUGGAGCAAGCCAAAAUCUGUGUUUUCUUUUUCUUUUUUCUGGUUAAGUUAGGCUGGUGAUUUGAAGUUAAAUGUGUACCAGCAGAUACUAGCUGAAAGGGUAGUUGGAGAAAUUUGACUCUGAGAUUCCCUCAAGUUUCAGAUUUAUCGUUGGGGUCGAUCCGAUCUUGGAAUAUGAUGAUGUUCGAUGAGAAGAGUAUUUGUGGAGAUAUGGAUUUCUUAUGUGCUUCCCUUGGGGGAAAAGAUGUGGCAGUAUCACAGACGGAAGCAGAGGUUGCGGUAGAGGAUGAUUAUACUGAUGAAGAGGUUGAUGUUGAUGAACUUGAGAGGAGGUUGUGGAGGGGAAAAAUGCGUCUCAAACGUCUUAAGGAGCAAUAUAAGGGCAAGGAGGGGAUCGAUAUCGACAUACAGCGUCAGUCCCAAGAACAAGCGAGGAGAAAGAAGAUGUCGAGGGCACAGGAUGGGAUAUUAAAGUACAUGUUGAAGAUGAUGGAGGUUUGCAAGGCUCAAGGUUUUGUUUAUGGGAUUAUUCCCGAAAAAGGGAAGCCAGUAACUGGAGCAUCUGACAAUCUUCGAGAAUGGUGGAAGGAUAAAGUCCGGUUUGAUCGUAAUGGUCCUGCUGCUAUUGCGAAGUACCAGGCGUAUAAUUCGAUUCCUGGAAAGAAUGAUGGCUGUAAUUCCAUCAGCCCGACGCCACACACCUUACUAGAACUUCAAGAUACAACGCUCGGUUCUCUUUUGUCUGCACUGAUGCAACAUUGUGAUCCCCCUCAGAGACGAUUUCCUUUAGAGAAAGGUGUUCCUCCACCAUGGUGGCCUACUUGCAAUGAGGAAUGGUGGCCACAACUUGGAUUACCCAAAGAUCAAGGCCCUCCUCCUUAUAAGAAACCUCAUGACUUGAAGAAAGCAUGGAAAGUUGGGGUUCUCACGGCAGUAAUCAAGCAUAUGUCUCCUGAUAUUGCCAAGAUUCGCAAGCUUGUAAGGCAGUCCAAGUGCUUGCAGGACAAGAUGACGGCAAAGGAGAGUGCAACAUGGCUUGCUAUAAUUAACCAGGAGGAGGUUUUGGCUCGGGAGCUUUACCCUGAUUCCUGCCCACCGCUUUCCUCUGGUGGCGGAAGUGGCACUUUUUUUAUAAAUGACUGCAGCGAUUAUGAUGUUGCAGGGGCUGAAGUUGAGCCAAACUUUGACGUGCAUGAGCUUAAACCCGGGAAUCUCAGUUCAUCUAAUUUUGGUAUGGAUACAAUGAGCACGGUUCAACAACAAUCAUAUCCUAUCAAGGGAGUCGUCAAUACUUUGGAUUUCAUGCGAAAGAGGAAACCAUCCGAUGAUUUUAACAUGAUGGAACACAAGAUCUACACUUGUGAGUUCCUCCAGUGCCCUUAUAGUGAACUUCGCUUGGGCUUUCAUGACAGGAUUGCCAGGGACAAUCAUCAAUUAACUUGUCCACACAGAAACGCUUCUGCACAGUUUGGUGGUUCAAAUUUUGACGUGAAUGAAGUGAAACCGGUGAUUUUAUCUCAACAUUUCGCACCAUCCAAGCCAGCUGCCCCAUCUAUUACGUCUGUUACAACACCCUAUGACCUAUCAGGACUUGGAGUUCCGGAAGAUGGGCAGAAAAUUAUCGGUGAGCUCAUGUCAGUAUAUGAUAACAACAUUCAGGGCAAGAACAUGAAUCCCGGAAACAAUCCAGUAACAGAAGGUCAAAAUCUCCUUCACCCGAAAAUGCAACAACAACAAGGUGACUUCUUCAGCGGUCAAGGAGUAAUGAUGGAUGGAAAUUUCUUCGAGGAGUCUAGCAUGCCUCGUAACCACCAGAUGUUUUCGCAAGGGAAAGGCCAAUUCGACCAUUUUAAGGUUUUGAAUUCUCCAUUUGAGACCAACCACAAUAACAACAACAGCUUCCAGUUGAUGUUUGGUUCUCCAUUCAAUCUGACUUCUUUUGAUUACAAGGAAGAUCUACAAGCAGUUGGGGUGGAUACCAUGCCUAAGCAGGAUGUUCCAAUCUGGUUUUGAGUAACAAAUUUCCGGUCCAAACUGGUUUUCUCUCAAACUUACCGCAACUUUCUUGCAGGAAGAUCUACCUUUUACUUCCCCCAAGGUCUUUCCAAACAAGCACUAGCUAAUGAAUCUUUUUUUUUUCACUUGGUUAUUGUAUUUUUCUUCAUGCAUGUAGCUGGUAGAAGCUAUAGCAAGCUUAGCAGGUCUUCAUAUGGGCUUUCAAUAAAAACAAAGAAGUCCCAUAAUCCUGCUACUGGUUUACAUCGAAUGUUACUGUCUCAUAAAUAAGUUUUAUGUAUUGUCUCAAUGCUUCCGUUUUCACUUUUUGUUUGAACUUGUUACCAGUUUCCACCAUUAUCAUGUUUUGUAGGAAUCCGAGUGUUUUUUGUCCUGUAAUGGGAACAUAGUUGACAGAUUGUGUUGAAUGGAAACUGUUGUCUUUUAGUGCAA